AUGUCCUCAGUACAUUUCGCCUCACCACCUGAAGUCCCUGAAGUCAACGCUGAGGUUGUCCCGAAACCAAAACCCAUUCGAAAGUCGCGACCGCAGGCACCUGCGUAUGGAAUCCAUGGACCCCUUGUACUAGGAUUUGCGUUCUCUUUCGAGGAACUCCACAAACGAGCGUUUGAGCGACUCCCAGAGUAUCGAGAACUUAGCCAACAAUCUCCUCAACCCGAUCAUAAAAUGAUGAUAAGGGCACACAAUUUCAUUUAUAGGCUAUGCGCCGACAUCGAUCAUCUUUGGCCUCAAGCAUUUAAAGGCUGGGUCAGGGAUCCUGACGCAAGGAGUGGAAUGUAUGUUGUUGGGCUGUCUUCGAACAGGGACUUCGACAGGUUGAGGAUGCCUACCCCGGCGCAUGCUGAGAAGAUGCAGAAGAUCCUGAAGUGUGGCGAAGCCCAGUGGUAUCCGGAUCUCGUCCCACGCAGCAAAACUCACUAUCGAACCUCUUUGACGUUCGGAUCAUCAUUUCUGUCUACAGUUCAAACGUUCAUCAUCUCCCGUUUUCACCAAGACAUUCCCUUCAUCCCAUCUCGAGCCAGUUCUGCUUCAGCGUAUUUACGUUGUUGA